UACCUUUCUUCUCUAAUUUAUGGAGAAGAUGUUUAAUUUGUGCUUUUGUGAGUCACUUUAUAUGAAAACAGAUUUGGAAAUUAAGCACAGUAAUAAGGCAAAACAAAAAAAGGAGAGAGCACCCUGUUUGGCACUUACCAAGGAAAGUUCCACUGUAGUUCUGGUUUGCAAAAUGCAACGAUUGGCUAUCAUAUACUGUCGUUCAAGGGAUUUGAUGAAUAGGGUUUGACUGACCCAUAUUGCAGCAUUACUUUCAACUUACCUCUGGCAAGGUUCCAUUAUUGAGUUAUACGAUCAGUUAAAAGGAAGUAUCAAUGGCACCGUGCAAUGGUGAGGAAUCCUAAGUUUUUCUUUGGAACUUAAAAUUAUGGGAGAUCUUCAAUGGUGUUUGUCUUCUUGCUCUUCUUCAACCUCUUCCUCCCAUUCACUUGAUCUAUACCCAUUGUCAAUUGAUUCGGAACUCUGGCUAAUGGCUGAGAAGAGGACCCAGGAGAUACUUUGGGUUCUUCAACCUUCUUCGUCUUCUGAGCAGAAGAGAAAGGAGGUUAUUGAUUAUAUUCAAAGGUUAAUCAAGCAUCAUUAUGCAACUGAGGUCUUUCCAUUUGGUUCUGUACCACUGAAAACAUAUCUUCCUGAUGGAGAUAUUGAUCUAACUGCUCUCAGCCAUCAAAACAUGGAAGAGGAUUUGGCUAGAGAAGUCUGCGAUAUCCUCACAUAUGCAGAGCAGAAUCUUGAGUCUGAAGUAAAAGAUGUACGAUAUAUUCAAGCACAGGUCAAGGUUGUGAAAUGUUCUGUGAAGAAUAUAUCAGUUGAUAUCUCUUUCAAUCAAAUGGCAGGGCUCUGUGCUCUUUGCUUUCUGGAGCAGGUUGACCAACUUAUUGGGAAAGAUCAUCUUCUCAAACACAGUAUUAUCUUGAUCAAAGCCUGGUGCUUUUAUGAGAGUCGAAUUCUUGGUGCCCACCAUGGCUUGCUCUCAACAUAUGCAUUAGAAAUAUUGGUCUUAUAUAUUGUAAAUGUCUUCCAUUCAUCGCUACCUGGGCCUUUGGCGGUACUAUAUAGAUUUUUGGAGUACUAUAGCACUUUUGAUUGGGAUAACUAUUGUGUCACCAUUAACGGUCCUGUUGCAAUAUCUUCUCUUCCGGAAAUUAUGACAGAGGCACCAUAUAGUAAUCGGAAUGAGUUAUUGCUCACUCCAGAGUUUCUGAAGAGAUGCAAAGAGAGAUUUUCAGUUCCUAUAAAAGCAGUUGAAAAUGGAGGCCAUGAAUUUUCUAUUAAGCAUCUCAACAUAUUGGAUCCUUUAAAAGACAGUAACAACUUGGGGCGUAGUGUCAGCAAAGGCAAUUUCCACCGUAUAAAAUGCGCCCUUUCCUAUGGGGCUCAAAGACUUGGAGAAAUCCUUAUGCUACCAGGAGAAAACAUGGGUGCAGGACUGGAAAAUUUUUUUAUAAAUACUUUGGAUCGGAAUGGGAGGGGAGAAAGGCCAGAUGCACCAGUUCCUGUACCCACUUUUGGCACUGGAAGAUCUGAGGCAUCUGAUCUCAGUGGAGACUAUGACAAUUACUACAAUGGUAUACUACAGGGCCAGUGGUAUCACAGUUAUUCACUGCCUGUUUCUCCCCAGUUGACUCCCCCGUCAUCUCCUUCCCAAAUCCAGCAAGGAUGUACUUGGGAUACACUGUCUCAGUUGCUGCGGUGGAAGCAGAAUUUUUUGUCUCAAAGGGGCACAAAUGUAUUUGUCCCAAGAGUGCCAUACCAUCACCCUUAUGCUGCAAAGGUAUAUGCCACUGCUUCUAGUACUGAUGAAAUGGGGAAGUCACGAGGAACAGGCACAUACAUCCCUCAUGUGAGCCAUCAUCCUUGCAGAGAUAAGAUGUCAUGUUUCAGGGUGAAGAAUCCAGAUUCUCUGACUUACAGUUCAAUAAAUUCUCGUCGAAAGGCUGAGAAAGUUGAAGGUGGCCCAGAGGCAAAGAGUGAUAAUGAAUGCUGCCUUAAUCUAUCACUUGAUCAAAACAAAGCAAGAGAAGAAAAUAGUGAGAAUGGCAGCUGUCCGGAUCUUUCACUGGAUCAAUUCCCACUUCUUUCCUAUCAGGCCAGUCAUCGCAUCUUGCAGUCCCCGCAGGCCAAGGAAUGCUCUAACUCGAUAAGGAGCAUUCCAUUUGGAACUUUCAGGCAUAUACCAUCUCCACUGGCACUGCCUUCAUCAGUGACAGGAGUGCAAACAGAAUCUGUUCCAACCACUUCGGAGAUCAUACCUGCUAUCCGGGAAACGGGAAUGCUGAAGCAACAAAAAUCAUUAGACUAAUAUAGGGUUCUCAAACAACAAUAACACCACCUUUAUGUCUGUUAAUGCAUGAAACAAAGGAUUCAAGGUGAAAGAUGGAACCAACAGUAGAACAGAAAGACUGAUGAAUAUGUUUUAUGUAGAUCUUUGUCUGCAUAGAGAUUCCCAUUCAGAAGCAUUCAAAAGUAAUUCUGCUUCUGCUUUUGGUUAUCCCUCUUUGGCCCUACCUCCGUUUUGCUAAAAUAACAUUAACUGCUUGUAGAGGAUGGCUAUUUUGAACUUCUUCCAUCCGUUUUUAGGUGAUUAUGUAGGAAUAUGCAAUUAGCUUUUAUAUUAUAAUAUAGCCCCUGAAGGGAAAAAAAACUUAAAACCUA